CAAUGUACAUCAAUGUAGAUACAUCAAACAGGCAUCUACUACUACUGGAUACUCUUAGGUAUACUAACCAUGUCUUUGCAAUUUAGGAAUAUCACCUCAUGAUUAAAUUAAUGCUUUAAAAGCUGAGGUUUACUUCUAUAGUCCCAUUAUUAUACUUAAUACGGUAUAAAAAGCUUAAUUCCUCAAUUUCAGUGGAAUCACUUGAGGUAAACCAUCACCACUUUUUCCACAGGCAGCUGAGCUGUGAUGGCAAUGGCAUGGAUAAGAUCGCUGGUCAUAUCAACCCCUCCCCCACCUUCUCCUACUUUGCCUGAACAAUGGAGGGACAUACAAUGGGGAAAAGACUACAAAGAAAAAGACCUACAGUUUGUGAAGGAUUAUCAUCUUAACGAUGAUGAACAGCUCAGAGUUCUGCUUUAUGGACCCACUGGUUCUGGCAAGUCCAGCUUCUUCAACUCUGUCGACAGUGCUUUACAAGGCAGAAUCACUGGUCGAGCUUUGCCAGAUGCAAUCUAUGAGGAGAGCUUCACCACAAAAUACAGAACUUUUAAAAUCCAAAACAGAGGACCAGGAACAUUUUACCCCUUUGUCUUCACUGACAUCAUGGGCAUUGCGCAAGGAACCAAUAAAGGAGUUGGUGUGGAAGACAUCAAACAAGCAAUGAUGGGACACAUUAGAGAUGGUUACAAUUUCAAUCCUGUCUGUAAAAUAUCGGUGGAUGAUAACAACUACAACAAAACCCCCACUCUAAAUGACCGAGUUCAUGUUGUGGUUUGUGUAAUCGCUGCCGACACAGUAAAUAUACUGAGUGCUGAAUCUGUGAGAAAGAUGAGGGAAGUCAGACUUGCAGCUAGAGACAUGGGGAUUCCCCAACUGGCUAUUCUCACCAAAAUUGAUGAAGCCUGCCCAGAGGUCAAAAGAGAUAUAAAGAAUGUCUAUAAGAGCAAGUACCUGAAGCAACAGAUGGAAAAUGUAAGCGUGGGGCUGGGUAUUCCAGUGUACUGCAUUUUUCCUGUGAAGAACUACCACUCAGAGAUCGCCACAGAUGAUGACACUGACACACUGAUACUGAGUGCACUGAGACAGAUGAUCAACUUCGGAAAAGACUUUCUGGAAAGCAUGUAGACCUACAUUAUGCUGAAGCAAAUCUUGCUUUAGCAGCGUGAAAAGAACCAGUCUGCAAACAGGAAUGACCUAAAGUGGGCUUCUGGUUUUUCAUUUGCAUGCACGUAAUGCGUAUCUGCUAUAAGUUGUCUUACACCUACCUUGCUGAAUAAAGUAUGAACAGGCUGCAUGUGUAUCAGCCUGAUGCAAUUAAAACCUACUCUCAUGUAUUUUGAGUUUUUGUAUCUUUAUAUAUCUAUUGAUUCAGUUGGUAAUUUUGGGUGUUAGUUAAUCAUGAAUCUGGUGAUUAGCAGGUCUGAACACAUCUUCAUGUCUCAGUUGAAACUGAAAUAAAUUUGGUGGAACAGUGAUUUCUUUUCAAACGACUUGUUACAUAUCUACAGUUCAAAAAGCAUUUUCUAUUUCAAUGUUUGGACCUUAUAUAUACUGAAACGUUGUGCUCC